CCGUUUACGUGACGAAAAUUUCAGUGGUAAUCUCCGAAGCCCCACCUUUUGUGUUUCCCGCACCGUCAAUCAAAAAUAAGAAAAAAAGAAAUCGACCCGAAUCUCCGAUCACAGUCCGCCUUUGAUUAAAACAAUCAUGUUGGGAGUUUAAAUGAACAGAUAAACCUCCGAUUUUUUACCUUUUCACGCUAUGACUGGUACGUAACACUUAGUCCGAUCGAAGCACAGCACCGCCGCCCCAGAACAGCCAGCGAAACAGCAGGAAAUGGCUGCCUUGGACGUGGACAGCAGUCAGAGCGACUUUUUGCAGCCGGCCAGCGGCGCCCAGGACCAGCAGACCACAGACCUCACAGCCAUCCAGUUGACGGGCUCCUCUGAUCGCUGGGAGGUUCUAACGCCUGUGAGCUCAGUGAAAGACGAACCAACAGUAGUGCAGGUACCCAGCGGAGGACUUCUGGGCAGCAACGGGCAAUAUGUGGUGCCACUACACACUAUGGCAGGGCAGACCCAGCCUGUUUUUGUGACUGCAGGGGUUGAUGGCACAGGGGCCAAUGGGGUGCAGUACCAGGUCAUCCCUCAGCUGCAGGGAAAUGAUGGUGCGUCACUAAGCUAUGCAGCACCCACUGCAGAUGGAAGCACACUGGGUUCUGACAUUGCUAUCCUUCAGGAUGGAACGCAGGGCAUUGCCACAUCCACCAAUGCUAAUGACCUCCAGGGCCUGCUGAGUCAAAGUGGGCAUGUGCAGCAGAUUCCCACAGUCUCUCUGGCCGGCUCAGGGUUUGGCGCACAGGGCCAGGUUGUCGCUAAUGUACCAGUGGGGCUGCCGGGCAAUAUCACAUUUGUGCCGAUAAAUAGCUUGAGUAACGUGGAUCUCGAGUCUCUGGGAUUGGCUGGUGCUCAGACCAUAGCGACAAGCAUUACAGCAGAUGGCCAGCUCAUCAUGACAGGCCCCACCACCUCAACAAGCGAUAACCAGGGUGAAAGCAAAUGCACAGAGCCACUUAAUGCCAACGACGCUAACGCUAAUGCCUAUGUGCCAACCACCACCUCUUCCACAAUGACGUCGCUCCCUGAGACGAUAGACGGGACUGGUGUUCUCACCCAAGCCACUGCUGUAUCAGCCGGGCAGCAGGAUCCGUCUUACAUCCAGCAGAACCACACGGCUGGCGGUGAACCGGUGGUGCAGCUCUUACCAGCGCAGACAGCAGAUGGAGCGGCGCAGACACUACAAAGCGUGCAGCUGUUGAAUGCUGGUACAUUUCUGAUCCAAGCUCAAACCGUCUCUCCCACUGGCCAGAUCCAGUGGCAGACCUUCCAAGUUCAAGGGGUUCAGAACCUGCAGAAUCUGCAGCUGCCGGCUGCUGGGGGGGUCUCAUCCCCCCAAAUUACCCUUGCCCCUGUGCAGACCCUUUCUCUUGGGCAAACUGGCACCACAGGUGCAGUGGGACAUAUCCCAAACCUUCAGACAGUCACAGUCAAUUCUGUUGGUCAGUACCAGCAAGAUGAAAACACGGAAUGCCACUCAGAUAUCCAAAUUAAAGAGGAGCCAGAGUCAGAUGAUUGGCCAAAUUCCACCCUGAACACCAAUGAUUUGUCACAUUUCCGUGUUCGGUUGGUUGAAGAGGAUAAGGAGGGGACAGGCCUAGAGGGAAAGAGACUACGUAGAGUAGCCUGCACUUGCCCCAAUUGCAAAGAGGCUGGAGGAAGAGGUUCAAGUAUGGGAAAGAAGAAACAACACAUUUGUCAUAUCCCAGGGUGUGGUAAGGUGUACGGUAAGACGUCUCACCUUCGAGCUCACCUGCGCUGGCAUUCUGGAGAGAGACCCUUCAUUUGCUCAUGGAGUUACUGUGGCAAAAGAUUCACCCGCAGCGACGAACUCCAGCGUCACCGCAGAACACACACUGGAGAGAAGAAGUUUGUGUGUCCAGAGUGCUCAAAACGUUUUAUGCGCAGCGACCAUUUGGCCAAACACAUUAAAACUCACCUGAACAAAAAAGGGCUAAUCUCCAACACUGGGGCAGGUCAGAUAGAUGCUGCCGCCCCCUCGGAUACCAUCCUCACUGGGGGUGGAGCCACUCUCAUCCUCACCAAUCUACAACAGGCUGGCACCCAGGACCUUCUUUCAAACUCCGACCUUCCGCUCCAGCUGGUCACUGUGUCUGCCAGCGAGGUCAUGGAGUGACCAAAAUGUCGCCCACUUUCACAGCACGUCUGCUUUUCACUAUCAAUUUAUAUAUAUAUAUGAUUAAAAAAAAUAUAUAUAUAUAUAUAUAUAUAUUAUAAAUAUAUAUAUUUUAAAAUGACUUAUCCAUUUAUGUUCAAUAGCAGUCUUUUGUACAAACAAGGCAAAAAAUGACAUUAAAUGUGGCUCCAGUUUCCACUGACACAUAUUCGCACCUAAACCUACAUGCUCAAAUGAACUCGUGCUCAUACAGAAAUACAUACACAGAAAUGCCUUAUUUUGUAUCAUAAUCUGUAGUAUAAAAUGCUGGAGUUGCAUGUGUUUUUACUUUUGCUCAUGAGUAUGUUCAGUGGACGAUCAUUUGAGAGAGUGUGAUUGUGUAAUGGAUGUUAUGGUACAUGGAAACCAGGAUGUGUGUAUGUGUGUGACUAAAGUGAGACUGUUCUGUGAGAAUGACAGCAGGGGAAGGACACAGUCUGCUGUGAGGGAGACCUACUCAUGAUCGGUCCAUUUUUAUCCUCUUCCCUCUCGGCUGGCCUUCGUCCAAAUGUGUCUUCACUCUUGCUUUGAAUUUUAUUUGAUGUCAUGUUAGUGGUCUUUGCGCUCUCGGUCACGUGUCCUCUGGAUCUUGUUCGGGGAUGUUCUGAUUUCAUUGUUCUGGUGCCCACAUACAACUCGAACAAGACAUCUGGUGCACAGUGAAACAAUCGUGUAAUAAACUUUAUUUUUCUUGUAUCGUUGCUCUUAAUGCUCUCCAGAUUAUCCCUGUAACAUUGAUAAUGUAUCUUUAAUUUCUUUUUGUUUUCUUCAGCCCCAAGCUGUUUAUAGCCACACUUUAUGUAGUCUAAUACUGAUUCUUUUGUAUUAAAGACUCCUCAUUUUGAUUACUUUUUAAACAUGUAAAAUUUGAUGUUACUUUUGUACAAUUUUUUUUUUUCUUUUUCAAAUGCAACACAAUUAAAGUCGGAAACCUUCCUAUGACUCGUCCUAA